AUGGCCAAAUCGAUUCACUCUCACCGUCUUUUUAUAUUUCGUGAAGGUACUUCAGACGAUACUACUCAGAGGCGCUUCCCACAAAACACUUCAGAACUUGGGAUGAGCGAAUUGAUCAAUUCUACGUUACUCCGUUGGAUACCUGGAAGAGCAAAACAAACGGAAUUCUCUGGCACACGAUCCACAUUAAUGGAACUACAGGAACUUUGGGAGCCGCUGCAACGCAUUUUGGCGAGGGAACAUAUUGGAGAACCAAUGAAUGCCUUGGGAGUGCAGAUGGAAAUUUUUACAACACUUGGAAGCUUUGUCGCCCCGCCAAGUCCUGAUUUCUGGAGAUCAGCAAUCAGGCUUGUUGUCACAAAGCUCGGGACGAAAGAUGACACAGAACCAUUGCUCAAUAUUGUUCCACACACUGCUCCAAUGUCCUUUGUUGACUCUUUAUUAGAAAAGCUGCGGGAGCAAACAAUUUGUGAAACCGAAACAAAUAACAAGAGUCAUGCCCAAACCAUUGAAACAGAACUUGUCACCUUAAGAUCUUUCUUGUUGGACACAUCGGCGUUGCGCCAGGAACAGGAGAAAAUCCAAGUUCUAUGGGUUCAUAUUCUUGCGGUGGUGUAUAGGGUUGAGCAUCUCAUAGACUGCCUAAUGGAGGGUGAUCUUUCAAAUUCCUUUUCAACAUCUUUUGAUUCCACCAUGAAAGAGAUCGAGAACGUUAAGCUGGAAAUGAAAGAGCAAAAAGUGGCAAUCAGAAUGAAGGAAGUAACCGCGACUCAUUUUCAUGUCCCAUCUCAAGGAACUCUAACGCUAGAAAAUGAGGUUGUGGGCUUCGCCGAGGAGGCGGAAUCAAUUCAGGAUCGGCUCACAAGAGGAUCGAAGCAACUACAGACUGUGGCCUUUGUCGGUAUGCCGGGAUAA